UGGUUACCAGCGAUAACUUUGUCGAAGUCCCUCCCUUCUGUUUGCCCAGUAAGUGCUCAGUCAAAUUCCUGCACUCACAUCAGUUGACUUGUAGGUUAACUGCAAGCGGACAAGGCUGGUACAGUACCAACGGAGACAAUGAAUUCCUCCAACCUGUCUCACUUUUCACUCACCGGUUUCCUCGACUAAUUAAAGAGGCGGUUGCUAAGAGAUGACUAUCUGUGACAUUGGUGAGAGCCUCUGAUGCCGAGCAGCCUGAAGCUCCAGGAUCUCCUACCUCCACGCCGCUGUCUGUACUGUACCUGGCUCAUGUGAAGGGCGCGGGAAAAACGCUCUUAUAUCAAUAGACUCACAAGUACCAUGGCAGCUAUUACUGCUCCCUGUGCCGCCACCAUCACCACGGCCACCGCGGUGGCCCGAACUGCAUGGCAAAGGGAAGGAAGCAGCGACAAGGUGAGCAAGCGUGAGAACGUGGAUGUGGGACAAAACACUAUCGUGGAGAAAACCUUUGAGUUCUUCCAGAUGUGUGACACGGAGAACAAGGGCUUCAUCACCCGACGUGACAUGCAGAGGCUGAACACCGAGCUCCCUCUCAGUGCGGAGGAGUUGGAAAAUGUGUUUGAUACCCUUGAUUCCGACGGCAACGAAUACCUUACCCUCGAAGAGUUCUCCUCCGGCUUUAGUGAGUUUUUAUCUGGUCAGAAGAUUUCUGUGGAGGAAGACAUGGGGGAGAAGAACCCCUGUCAAAGCCCGGCAGAGGUCCUGUACCAGACCCAGUGGGAGGAGAGCCGGGCAAGAGAAGAAGACGAGGAUGAAGAGGAGAAACACUUUUGCAUGCUCAUGGAAAACCUCGGAGCCAACAGUGUCUUUGAAGAUGCUGCUGAGGUGCGCAGUUUGUGGGCCCAGGUGCGCCGAGAUGAACCUCACCUUUUAUCCAAUUUUGAAGACUUCCUGGCCAGAGUGACCUCCCAGAUCAUAGAGGCCAACCAGGAGAAGAGGGAGAUGGAGAACGCCCUCGAAAGGAAAGCAGCAACGCACGAUGAUGAGAUCCAGCGCCUUUAUGUGGAAAUGGAGCAGCAAAUAAAAACUGAAAAAGACAGGAUUGUGCUGCAGGACUACGGGCGCUUUCUGUCUCGCAGUCAAGACCUGGAGCUACAGCUGUCCGCUAAGGAGAAAGAGCUGGAUCAGCUCUUUCAGAAACAGAGAAGGUUGGAGAAUCAGUGCCAGAAGCUUCAAAGUGAACAACAUGUGGCCAAGGUGGAGAACGUAAAACUGAAGCACACGAAUGAGGAGUUAGCGCGGGAGCUGGACCACACCAGCCGGGAGCUGGCUGUGGCCCAGGACCAGCUCAAUCUGCUGCAGGAGCAGGCCACACAGCUUCACGAGGAGAAGGAGAUUGAAAUAUACAGACUGACCGAGGGACUGCAGCGAGAGCGAACCAGCCUCCUCAAACAACUGGACCUUCUGAGGGAAAUAAACAAACAUUUACGAGAUGAAAAGGACAUAUUGAAUCAGAAUCCAAAGAAUUCUAAGAAAACACCAAGUUUGAAGCAGAGGCCUUCAGCCAAUGUUGUGAAACGCACAAACACAAAUGUCUUCAGAAGUGAGGAUGAGGAGGAGCCGACGCCCAGCUCUGUGAGACGCAACCUAGCCAAUGGCUCAGGCCAGUCCUUCAACCUGGCAGAAACCAGAGGGCACCUCCAGAGGAUCAUCUCCAUUGAGGAGGACCACCUCCCACACUUGCUCCAGAAUGACUGCCAGGCCCAAAGCCCACUGCAGGAGUAUAGUGAAGGAGAGGACGCCUCGGACAAUGAUGAGGAUAUCGACUUGGUGAUGAGCAAUAUUUACCUGUGUGCGUCUUCUGCCCAGCAGCAGAAGUCGAAGGGAGAUGUGGAGAAAAGGGAAACCCCCACAUCUCCGAGGGUUCAGCCUGUUGGCAAGGAGACCAGCAUACAUGAGGAAGAUGGUCCUUCGCCGCCUGACCGCCUCUUCAAGGUCGUCCUGGUGGGGAACUCCGGCGUAGGAAAGACCUGCCUCCUUAAGCGAUUUUGUGAUGACUGCUUCCAUUCUGGCACUUGUGCCACUGUGGGUAUAGAUUACAGUGUAAAGACGAUAGCUGUGGACAACAGCCAGGUGGCACUGCAGUUGUGGGAUACAGCAGGACAGGAGAGAUAUCGGAGCAUCACCAAGCAAUUCUUUCGCAAGGCUGACGGUGUGGUUGUGAUGUAUGACAUCACAUCCGAGCAGAGCUUCACUGCUGUCAGACAGUGGCUGACAAGUGUAAAGGAGGGAGCCGGCGAGGACAUUCCUGUCAUGCUCUUGGGAAACAAAACGGACAAGGAGAUUGAGAGACAAGUUCAGAAAGAAGUGGGCGAAAGACUAGCCAAGGACUGCCAAAUGAUUUCCUAUGAGUGCAGCGCCUGCUCCGGACACAAUGUGGUGGAGUCCAUGAUUCAUUUAGCCAGAAUUCUGAAAGAGCAGGAGGACAGAGAGAAGGAGAAGACAGUGCAGCUGUUUAGCGGCUCCUCGGAGAAGAAGAGAUCCUGCUGCUAACCGUUCUUACACAGCAGCACUACCCUUCACUAGGACACACCGUGUGAUAGUGGGACCACAUGUCCCUCUAAGGACACAUUAGUCUGAAUGUCCGCAAGUCUUUCUCAGUCUUUCACUUUGUGGCACUCUGGGUAAUCCCAACACCUGGAUGGAUGGACUGUAUGUAUGUUAUGUGUCACGGAUUGGAUUGCACUUUAUAAAUUAUUAUAUAUAUUAUUAUAAAUUGUCUACUCUAUGUUUACCCAAGUAGUUCGGAAAAAAAACAACUCAAAAUUGCAAUAUUAUGGAAAUAUAUGAUAUAGUAAAAUAACAAUACGAAGAAGGGUGUAAGAAAAGUUUGAAGAAUCGAUCCAACUGAACAAAUAAGUUGAGCUGAGUCCCUUCCGAGUCAAACUAAAGCGUUUUCAUUUUUAAAUGUACGAUGUUCCUCAAAGUCUUGACUGUGACUCCUUAAAUAUUUAUUUAACUUCCAAAUACCCCUAAUCUGUCACAUGUGGGUUUUUACUCUAUGUAUUAAUAUAUUCAUUCAGUGUUAUUCAGAGUGGUUAUUUUUUUUGUAAGAUUAUUUUUUGGACCUUUCCGCCAUAUUUGACAUGACAGUUAGGGGGGAGAGAGGGGGAGAGAUGCAGGAGAUGUCACAGGUCGGAUUUGAACCCUGGACCUCUGCGUCGUGGCAUAAACCUACCUGUAUAUGUGCGCCCGCUCCACCCACUGAUCCAACCCGGCCACAGAGUAGCAUUCUUUUUAA